CUGCUGCGCCUGCUGAAGCCGUCGGUGCUGGUGCCUCUGCUCAACGCAGAGCUGGAUGAAGAGGGCGGCCUCACCACGCUCAUGAGCCGCAAGGGAGACCUCUCGCAGCUGCGGGAUGCGCUCGCUUCUGCAGGGCUCGGGGCUGUCGACGUGGACAUGCCCGCGCCGCCAGGGGAGGCGUUCGCAAUUGCGCUGUAG